AUGAAAGCUGCCAGCCUUUCCCCCUUCUUUGUGGCCACCGUGCUCCUCUCCUUCCCCCCAGCCCUGAGCUUGGAAGAGAGGACCCCUCUCGCCAGCUCCCGGCCUGGGCAACAACUGCAGCGAGAACCCCCCAGCUUCUCCCGGCUCCAGAGGAAGAGCCUGGCGGUAGAUUUCAUCGUCCCUUCCCUGUUCCGGACCUACCUGCGGGACCUGCUGCUGGGCGGAGGAGAAGCAGUGGGCUGGCUCCGGGCGCGCUGCAGCCUGGUGCUGGAGUGCUCGCCCCUGCUUCGAGCGGCGAACUCCUGGCUUCCCGGGGUCGGAUCCCCGCAGCAGACAGCCCUGCCUCGAGCCCUGUCCAAGGUGCUGAAAGGGGGAUCGGUGCGAAAGCUCCGCCGAGCCAAGCAGCUGGUGCUGGAGGUGGGAGAGGGGAGCCUGCGGGAGGGCUGCGCCUGGGACCCGACCCAGGCAGCGAGCGAAGAAGCGGAGCCAGCUGCGGGCGAGCUGGAGUUUAACCUCACCGAGCUGUUCAGCUGGUGGAUCCGCUCCGGAGAAGGAAGGCUGAGGAUCCGACUAAUGCCCGAGAGAAAGGCGGCAUUCCUGGGCAGGGAGAGCAGUUUAUCUGCGGCGAUCAGAGUCUCCCAGCCCCGCCUGCUCUUUCAGAUCUCCAGGAGAGGUAUGAGCACUUUGGAAUCUCCCACAAAUAUUCCUUCUCUCCUCCCUGAUUUCUCUGCCUGGAAUUUAACUUGGGUCAUGAAAGACUCUUCCCCUUUCUUCCCUCACAGAGGACAACAUGUGUUUGACUGCAAUUUUGAAUUGCCUUGUGAGCUGGAAUAUUCUCCUCCACUGAAGGACAAAGAAAACCACAACAGGACCUGGCACAGAGUGAGUGCAGAGGAGCUAAACCUUUUGGAUGGACCAGAGAGAGAUCACUCUGAGGAUUCACCAAGAGGUUCAUUCCUGUUCCUCAAUACAUCAGAAAGCAUGAGCCCCAUCAUCUUGAGUCCCUGGCUGAGGAGCAGUAGUGAGCAAUGCACUAUUCAGGUGUCUGUGUACAGGCAUCUCCAACAAAGCGGGGACUAUAUUGCUCAGCUUCUACCUGCUGACGAAAGUAGCAGUGAAAUCCUGUUGGUCCCAAGUCAAGAGAAACAUGG